AAAGGGCCCCUCCCUCAUCUCUUUGCUCAAACCCACAACAACAUUUCUGCACUGCUGGCUUCAGCUGCACCACCGUCAUGCCAUCUCAACUCUACAGAAGUUCUCUCCCUACCAACCUCCUCUGGCUACUACUGGUAUUGCUCUCUCCUUUUCUUGUUCUUGUAACAGCAGCUUCACUAGGGUCCCAAGCGAGGGCUCUAUUACACUGGAAGUCCACCCUCCAAGGUGGGCAAUUGUUGUCAUCCUGGAACAUCGACUCUCGUCCUUGCAACUGGACUGGGGUUGCAUGCAGCGUCACACGUAAGGGCCGCUUGGUCAUCACCGACGUGCAUCUGCCAGAUAUGAGCUUAGCAGGGCCACUUGAUGCAUUUAAUUUUUCGGCUUUGGGAUCACUAGCCAAUCUCAACCUCAGUUGCAACCGGCUCAAUGGAACUAUCCCCCCAGCCAUCGCCACCCUCUCGCAGCUGGUAACGCUUGAUCUCACUGGCAACCUGUUUGUGGGCAGAAUCCCGAACGAGAUGGGCUCAAUGAAGGGGCUCCAAUUCUUAAGCCUGAGUCAAAAUCAAAUAAUGAGUUCAGUACCUCCAUCGUUGAGUAACCUUAGUGACCUUACGCACUUGGAUCUGCGACAAAAUAAGCUUAGGGGUGCCAUCCCUGGGGAGCUGGGGAGACUCGAGAAGUUAAGAUUUUUGGAACUUGGGGACAACCAACUAUCUGGCUCCAUUCCUCCCGGUUUAGGGAACCUGACGAGACUGUAUCACUUGGCUCUUUGUGAGAAUCAGUUAACUGGAUCCAUCCCUCGACAAUUAGGAGAUUUAAGAGACUUGGUUUACUUUUCCCUCUCUAAUAAUAGUCUAUCUGGUACCCUUCUUUCCACCUUGGGAAACCUAACCAAGUUACAGUAUUUAUUCUUAUGGAAAAAUCAUCUUUCUGGUUUCAUCCCUUUUGAAAUUGGAAAUUUAAUUAAGGUCUCCUAUCUAGACCUUUCGAGUAAUCUAUUAACAGGUCCUAUCCCUUUCACCAUAGCAAAUAUGAGUAACUUGAACAUUCUUCAUCUUUUUGACAAUAAGUUAUCAAGCUCUAUUCCUCCUCAGAUUGGAAAUCUAAUUGAUGUUUUCAAUCUUGACCUCUCGAGCAAUAUGUUAACAGGCUCUAUACCUCCAUCUCUUGGAAACUUAAGGAACCUUACCGACCUUCGUUUAUUCAGAAAUAGACUAUCUGGAUCAUUACCUCCGGAGAUGAACAACAUCAUACGUUUGACAUCGCUUCAAUUGUCAAACAACAACUUCUCCGGUUAUUUGCCUGCGGACAUAUGCAAAGGGGGAGCCCUAUCAUACCUCGCAGUGAGCAACAACAGAUUCCAAGGUCCUAUCCCCAUGACCUUAAAGAAUUGUACGGGAUUAAGCAGGCUCUACCUUCAUCAUAACCAACUCACAGGAGAUAUAUCUCAGUAUUUGGGAGUUUAUCCGCAUCUUUGGUAUGUGGAUCUCAGCUUCAAUAGAUUGUCUGGCACACUCUCACCCGACUGGGGAAGAUGGUACAACUUGACAUGCCUAAGAAUCUCAAAUAACAACAUCACCGGAGCGAUACGGCCAGAGUUUGGGCACUUGUCGAACCUACAAAAACUGGACCUUUCCUCGAACCACCUGCAAGGAGAGAUCCCAAAGAGCUUGGGAAACCUGGCUCAUCUUUAUAACCUGAGCCUGAGCAACAAUCGACUUGUUGGAGAGGUACCAAUGGAGUUGGGAAGGAUGUCAAAUCUUCAACUUCUUGAUUUGUCGAGAAACGGAUUGACAGGAAGGAUACCGUAUCGAAUCGGCAAUUGCAUGAAACUCCAACUUCUGAAGCUGAACAACAACAAUCUCAGUGGAAGCAUCCCUUUGGAGAUCGGCAAUCUGGUGUACCUUCAAGACGCACUCGACCUCAGCCACAACUCACUGACAGGGGAGAUACCGUCGCAACUCGGCAAGUUGUCGAUGUUGCAGUAUUUGAAUCUGUCGCACAAUGGCUUCACCGGUGGCCUUCCAUCAUCUUUGAAGGACAUGGUUAGCUUGUCCGUCAUAGAUGUAUCACACAACGAAUUGGAGGGGCCUGUGCCUGAUAGCCCGUUUUUCCAUAAAGCUCCACUGGAGUGGUUCCUCCACAACAAAGGCUUGUGCGGGGUCGUCAAGGGCUUGCCUCCAUGUAUUUCAUCCGCUACGAGAAGAAAUGAUGAAAGCAAGCACCACAAAGUAGUCGUUAUCUUAGCUAUCACUGCUUCCAUGGUCUUCAUUCUUCUUUCACUCAUGAUCGUUGGAGCUGCCUUGCAAUUCCGAAGGAGGAAGAAACAGUCGCUACCUGCUCAAGAUAACGGCAACAGAGAAGGUGCAUUCUGCAUACUGAGUUUUGACGGAAGAUACGCGUACAAGGACAUCAUUGAAGCCACAGAAGAUUUCAACGACAAAUACUGUAUCGGAACUGGUGCUUGUGGCAGUGUUUAUAGAGCCGAAUUAACUAGCGGCAAGGUGCUAGCAGUGAAGAAAAUUCACCUACAGGAGAUCGAGGAUACAUCGAAUGAGAUACCCUUUCAAAACGAAAUACAAACACUCACUCGAAUUCGGCAUCGGAACAUCGUCAAGCUCUACGGAUUCUGCUCCUCUACUCGGCACAAUUUUCUGGUGUACGAGUAUAUGGAGAGAGGAAGUCUGGGAUCCAUCCUCAGAAGCGAAGCUGCAUCAGCUGAACUGGACUGGGUGAAGAGGGUGGAUGUUGUCAAGGAUGUGGCUCGUGCUCUCUCCUACAUGCAUCAUGAUUGCGACCAACCCAUCGUUCAUCGGGAUAUAACCAGCAACAAUAUUCUGCUCGAUUCAGAAUUCAAGGCUUGUGUGUCUGACUUCGGCAUCGCUCGACUCCUGCAGCCGGAUUCAUCGAAUUGGAGCAUGAUUGCUGGGACGCAUGGUUACUUAGCACCUGAGCUUGCUUACAGAAUGAGUGUGACUACCCAAUGCGAUGUGUACAGUUUCGGAGUGGUCACGCUUGAGUUGCUGAUGGGAGCUUAUCCGGGAGAGUUCAUCUCUGUUCUUCCUUCUUCCGCCGCCCAAAGCAGCUCUGUGAAAACUAUAUUAGACCAGCGCGUACCGCUUCCUACUGCCGAAGCUGCGGACGAAGUGGUUGCAGUGUUAAGGUUGGCAAUUCGCUGCGUGGACGACAACCCAGAAUCCCGGCCAACGAUGAAGCACAUCUUCUACAAGUUGUCGACACCCAAGACGCACCCAAACCUCCCAUCUCUUGAUUCCUUGAAGCUUUCAGACUUGAGGAAUGGAGAAAUAUGAUCGAUCCAGUGGACGUCUCUUCCAUCGGUAGCGUCUCAUACUGACGUCUUAAACGUUUGAUCUUUCUCGUCAUGGUUAUGUAGUCGAGCAUCAUUUUGCUUCACUGUUUUAUCCAUUACAUUUGAUGUUGUAAUAGAUUUAGCUUCGUCGAUGUAAAAACCCCGACCCAGGAAAAUUGGAGAUGCUACAACCUUGCAAUCCUAUAGGUUUUCAUGUACCAA